CCUCCCCCCUCCUGCCCCCCUCCUCAGCGCUUCGAUCCAAGAUGGCGGCGCUGAGCAGCAGCAGCAGCGCCGAGGGGGCCUCGCUCUUCAACGGGGACAUGGAGCCCGAGCCGCCGCCGCCCGGGGCCUGCUACGCGGGGGGCAGCGGCAGCGCAGGAGGAGACCCCGCCAUCCCGGAGGAGGUGUGGAAUAUAAAACAAAUGAUUAAAUUAACACAAGAACACAUAGAAGCCCUGCUGGACAAGUUUGGAGGAGAGCAUAAUCCACCUUCUAUAUACCUGGAGGCCUAUGAAGAGUACACCAGCAAGUUAGAUGCACUGCAACAGAGGGAGCAGCAGUUACUGGAAUCCAUGGGCAAUGGAACUGAUUUCUCUGUCUCCAGUUCAGCUUCAACAGAUACCGUCACAUCAUCGUCAUCUUCUAGUCUCUCUGUAGCACCUUCUUCCCUCUCAGUUUAUCAGAACCCUACAGAUUUGUCACGGAAUAACCCUAAAUCUCCACAGAAGCCUACUGUUAGAGUCUUCCUACCCAACAAACAGAGGACAGUGGUUCCAGCAAGAUGUGGAGUUACAGUCCGUGACAGUUUAAAGAAAGCUUUGAUGAUGAGAGGUCUCAUCCCAGAGUGCUGUGCAGUUUACCGAAUACAGGAUGGAGAGAAAAAGCCCAUUGGCUGGGAUACAGACAUUUCCUGGCUCACAGGCGAAGAACUGCAUGUGGAAGUCUUGGAGAAUGUACCUCUUACGACACACAACUUUGUACGAAAGACGUUCUUCACUUUAGCGUUCUGCGACUUCUGUCGAAAGCUGCUUUUCCAGGGGUUCCGUUGUCAGACCUGUGGGUACAAAUUUCACCAGCGUUGUAGUACAGAGGUGCCGUUGAUGUGCGUGAAUUAUGAUCAGCUUGAUUUGCUGUUUGUCUCCAAGUUCUUUGAACAUCACCCAAUACCGCAAGAGGAGGCCUCCUUAGAGACGACCCCAGUAUCCGGAUCAUACACUUCAGUGGCCCCCUCAGAUUCGCCUGGCCCAUCAGUUCUCCCUGGUCCUUCUCCUUCAAAAUCCAUUCCAAUACCCCAGCCUUUCCGACCAGCAGACGAAGACCAUCGGAAUCAGUUUGGUCAACGAGACCGUUCCUCAUCUGCCCCCAACGUGCACAUCAAUACUAUAGAGCCUGUCAACAUUGAUGAGUUGAUUAGAGAUCAAGGGUUUCGAGGAGAGGGAGGCUCAACCACGGGUUUGUCUGCCACGCCACCUGCAUCCUUACCCGGGUCCCUCACCAAUGUGAAAGCGUUGCAGAAAUCCCCGGGGCCUCAGCGAGAGAGGAAGUCUUCCUCCUCUUCAGAAGACCGGAGCAGAAUGAAAACUCUUGGUCGGCGAGACUCAAGUGAUGAUUGGGAAAUACCAGAUGGCCAGAUCACAGUUGGACAAAGGAUAGGGUCUGGGUCAUUUGGAACAGUCUAUAAGGGAAAGUGGCAUGGUGAUGUCGCAGUGAAAAUGUUGAAUGUUACAGCCCCCACCCCUCAGCAGUUACAAGCCUUUAAAAAUGAAGUAGGAGUGCUCAGGAAAACAAGACACGUGAAUAUAUUGCUUUUCAUGGGUUAUUCAACAAAGCCGCAGUUGGCUAUAGUUACGCAGUGGUGUGAAGGCUCCAGUCUUUACCACCAUCUACACAUCAUUGAGACCAAAUUUGAGAUGAUCAAGCUGAUAGAUAUUGCACGGCAGACAGCACAAGGAAUGGAUUACUUGCAUGCCAAGUCAAUCAUCCACAGAGACCUCAAGAGUAAUAAUAUAUUUCUUCAUGAAGACCUCACAGUAAAAAUAGGUGACUUUGGUCUAGCAACAGUGAAAUCACGAUGGAGCGGGUCCCAUCAGUUUGAACAGUUGUCUGGAUCAAUUCUAUGGAUGGCUCCAGAGGUAAUUAGGAUGCAAGAUAAAAACCCAUAUAGCUUUCAGUCAGAUGUGUAUGCAUUUGGGAUUGUUCUUUAUGAGCUGAUGACUGGGCAGUUACCAUAUUCUAACAUCAACAACAGGGACCAGAUCAUUUUUAUGGUGGGGCGAGGAUACCUCUCUCCAGAUCUCAGCAAAGUGCGAAGUAACUGUCCCAAAGCAAUGAAGAGGCUAAUGGCAGAAUGCUUGAAAAAGAAAAGGGAUGAACGACCCCUCUUCCCACAGGCGAAUUUGCAGCGUUCAAGUAGCCACGGCAACAUUGGCAGCAAAUCCACUCUCUCAUUUUUUUUAAAAAAAAGUCUUGUGUUCCUACGGUUUCUUUUUAUAACAUCCAGACUCUCUUCUGCCCCUCCCAAAAAAAAAAAAGGAAAGGAAAGGAAAAGCAAAUUUAGAGGAAAGAGAUCUGUACGCUUAGAGGAGAGCAGAAUGGAAUUACCAAUCCAACUUUGGGUAGGAAGGGGAAAUCCCUUGUUAGGAACCAGAAUCUAUGCUGCCUGUGUGUUCACCUCCAGUCUAAACACCAUGUGCAUUUGGAGAUCCCCUUCCCCCACCCUGUGGCUGCCUGUUCCAUUGGCAUCAUUCCCAGGAGAGAGGAGGGCUCGUGCUUUGACUUUCUGGUGCUCUGGCAUGAUGAGAUUGGAACUCCUACUGCAUCAUUGGCUUGGGAUGGUCUGCUGGUCGGCUUUCUCCCUCUAACAACGAGUUAUCAAAGGCUGAACAUCUGACGAGACAGAGCUAAUCCAAACAAGCAUCCUCGGGUCUGAUUUAUUUUUUCCCUAGGGUUAUGUGUGGUCUUUUUUCCCUGGUGUGCUUACCAAUCAGUGGGAUAAAUGCAGUAUAUCCUUUUCAGCUGAAGGAGCACCUGCUCUUUCGGGUAAAAAACACGACAACAGGAACAUGGCCAAAUUGGCAGAUACAUAGAAGGGGGAGUCUGAGAACGGAUUAAUUUGAAGGAAAAGGGGAUGCUGCACCUUCUCUUUCCAGAUUUGCUUUUAUCUCUUGUUCAGAGCCACCCUUUCCCCUAUCUUUCCUUUUUGUACACUUUCAGAAAGGGUUGGGAGGCUUUUUCCCCCCCUCUCUCAUCAGUCCAGCAACAAACAUUUUUACAAAAUUACAUCGAAGUGUUAAAACACGUAGCUUCUUUUCAUUUUUUGCUGAUAUCAUUUCACUCUGUAUGUUUGUGUGUUGCCUUUUUUGGGGGGUGUCCAAAAAGUCUAAUGCAGACUAUGAAAAACAAAUGUACCUAUUUUAAAAGGUGCAAGGUAAUGUCAGGUACCUAAUGUUUCAUAAACGGGAGUUCUCAGGUUGAACUGAAUAUGUUUUAAAAAGGAAAACCCAUCCGCAGCCCCUCUCUGAAAGAAUUACACAUUCCAAAAAUUGUGCUUUGGUACUUUUUGAAAAAGAACUUUAAAACAUGUUAAAUCUGCAAACUCAGCAAGUGUGUGUAUGUUUUAAUAUGCAGUAAGUUGUCUUAAAUGGCAGUCUGCGAGGAAGGUUUUUUUAAGAGAUGGUACUUGCUGGAUCAACAUUGACAUCUUCGCCCACUGUUUGCCUAUCCCCAACUUUUUCUAUGUCACUCCUUUUCUUGCCCUAUGUCUUGUGGCUUAAAAAUGGUGGCGAUUGCAUUUUGCUUUCUCUUUUUGUCUUGCUCUUAAUCCUCAUUUCCAAAAUGGGUCCUAAUUCUUAUUUUUAUCCAGAAAAAGGGGGGAGGUCAAAGUUACCUCUAGUUGGAAUCAGAAUGCUGUCAGUUAGCAGAAUUCUUUGCUGUGUUGAUUAAUAUAACAUAGAUUUAUUUUUUUUAAUUUUAUUUCUUUUUAUUAAAGAGGCAACUUAGAUGCCACUAGAAAGAAGCUCAACGUCCACCAAAGCCUUGACAUUUAGUGCAUUUUUGCCCAGUUCCAGAAGAUAGGAGGCUGGAGACAACCUCUCCUUCACUAAACAUUUCUAGUGGAAGCUGGUCGUCUGAUGAGAGAGUUUAAGCAGUGAUUGAUAAAUACCUCAGCUCUGUUUUUAGGAAAGCUAAGAGAAAGGGAACUGUCUUUCUCGGAAAGAAGGUAUGUUCAUUAGAAAGCAAGCAUACCCUGUUGUGGUCCUUGUUCUUCAAACCACACAAGCGUCAUUUCAUUGGAUUGUUAAAUCUUGUUGAGCAGCAGGGUGCUUAACAGAAAUUAGACCAAGAAACAACUGAAAUAUGGGAUAUAAUCCAGGUAGCAAUAGCAAGUGGUUAGAAGUCACUGGGUCACAUUUCAUGCCUUCUCUGCACAAGUGCUACUGAAGCUAUGGAAGUUCUUGGGCAGUUCCUUUUCACUUCUGCAGCUGGUUGUGCUAGAGAGAAUUCCAGUGGAUGUGGGCAGUGUAAUGAGAAUAAAGCAGCU